AACCCAACUCCCCAACGCGUCACCCCUUCCCCCAACACCCCCUCAUUCGUGAAUGAAUCAGAAGCAAAGUUCAAAAAAUCCCCAAACCAAAACCCUAGCUUCAACGGUUCUGCCGCCGUCCGGGGUUGUCGUCGCGCUCAGGAACUUCCUUCUUCGCCUGGUUGUCGUGCUCCAAGUCUCCAAUCCCUCUCCUUAUUCACCAGUCGCCAGCGUUCUCGUCCAGGGGUCCUGUUCGGCCGCUCUUCGUCCGUCGUCGCGGUCAUCGCCAGGUCGCCGUCGUUCGUCGCGUUCAACUGCUCUUCCUCAUACUCUACUCACUGCCCUCACCGAAGGAAAUACUGGAAAGCUUAGGACUAAAAAUGGGUACUUUCUCAUGUUUUUAGAUUGGGAGAUUGCAGACUCGACACUGUAGUUUUGCUCUUUCACUUGCAGUUUUCCUCAUCUCGCUUCGGGUGCCCCAGCCGGCCACCACAAGUUCCUGGAAAACAUCCCCGUCAUCCUCCGCCUGCAGCGUUGCUAGUUACCCGAGAACCUCCACCUCGGCCUCAUUGUCGUCUCCAGGUUCCUGCGCUACGGCUACCAUCCCUUUUCCUCAUCGGCGGAGCCGCCGGCCGCGUCGGUGACACAUUCACCUAACCUCUCCGGCCUUCGUUUCGGCCCCACCACCAGCAUUUCGAGCUUUUCUCUUCUCGAUGGGUCUUCUCAGCAUCAUUCGUAAGAUCAAAAGAAAAGAGAAGGAAAUGCGAAUUCUUAUGGUGGGAUUGGACAAUUCUGGGAAGACAACAAUCGUUUUGAAGAUUAACGGGGAGGAUACUAGCGUCAUUAGUCCUACUCUUGGCUUCAACAUCAAAACCAUCACCUACCAAAAGUACACCCUAAAUAUAUGGGAUGUCGGGGGACAGAAAACAAUACGAUCUUAUUGGAGAAACUACUUCGAGCAAACGGAUGGUUUGGUUUGGGUAGUUGACAGUUCAGAUCUAAGAAGGUUGGAUGAUUGCAAAAUGGAGCUCGAUAACCUCCUAAAGGAAGAGAGGCUAUCUGGAGCAUCCUUAUUGAUACUAGCAAAUAAACAGGACAUUAAAGGUGCCCUUAUGCCUGAAGAGAUAGCCAAGGUGCUUAACUUGGAAGCCAUGGACAAAUCUCGUCAUUGGAAGAUAGUUGGCUGUAGUGCAUACACUGGCGAGGGUCUGCUUGAGGGUUUUGAUUGGUUAGUCCAGGACAUAGCCUCCAGAAUCUACAUGCUUGAUUAAUAAUUCAGGAAAUGGUUCAACCUUUCCUGAGCAUCCUUGAACCUAGUAUGCUGUCUUUGGAAUAAACUGUCCAUUGCAUCACUGAGACUUUCCAAGUUUUUAUAUUUUCAAAAUUUUUUUUUUUUCAUUUUUAUUACCUUGUCGUUGCUUUUCUGGCACUGUAAGAUUUUGAAGAAAUGUCAGAAUACUGUAGGAAGGUGUAUAAAACUGAAGUGGAAUGAUUAUGAUUUAUGAGUGCAUG